AUGCCACCUAAAGGCUCUAGUCAAAAGCCAAGGCCCCAGAAAUCUGCAAAACAACAGAAACAGGAUCAACGCCGAUCCGUUUCCCCCUCAAAAGUGCCCUCAAACUGGCCCUCUGAAAUAUUAUAUCUCUAUCGCCCAAAACUAUCAAGAUCCUUACCUGCAUCAACGAUCUCACAAUUGAGCCUCUCCCCCACAUCACCUACUUCAAUAUCACGGCCCAGUCCACUUGUCAAAAUCAAGAAGAUCGAUGCUCCUACACACCCGGCCAAUGGCCAAUUUGGUCUCUUUGCUGCUUCGAAUCUGCCCGCAAAAUCAUUCAUCCUCGACUACCUAGGCUAUGUCCACGAUUCAACGGACACAAACGAAAAGUCUGAUUAUGAUCUCUGUCUUGACCGGGAGUUAGGUGUUGGUGUAGAUGCCCAAAAUGUGGGAAAUGAGGCAAGAAUGGUUAAUGACUAUCGAGGUGUGCCAGGUUUUGAAAGGCCAAAUGUGGUAUUUGAGACCAGGCGGGUUGGUGGCGGUGAGAACGGGGAGUUGAGGAUGGCAUUGUGGGUCGGUAGUAAGGAUAUCAAGAAAGGUGUUGAGCUGUGCGUAAGCUAUGGGAAGGGGUUUUGGCAAGGGAGAAUGAAAGAGGAGGAAAGCGCCGAAAAUAAAAUUGACAAGGAAUAG